AUGUAUCGUGUGGCGCAAAGCUCGAUGAAAUGCUAUCUGAAAGGUGUUAACUAUGAGCUCAUUACGGUCAAUUUGGAAAAUGAUGAGCGAACAAAGAAGAAAUGUCAAAAAUACAGCGAGUUUCUCUUCAAGAGGCACUGCAUAGCAGCAGAGUAUUUGAGGGAUACAGAUUGGAUGCUUGUUCUGGAUGCCGACACAGGCGUGGUCAAUCCUAAUCAUUGUAUAGAAGAGUGGAUAGAUGACCGUGUGGACGUCAUUCUAUAUGAAAGGUUUUUUAAUAGUGAAAUUUCUGCUGCAAGUUAUAUGGUUCGCAAUUCUGAGUUUGGAAGAGAUUUUCUUAUAAAAUGGGCAGAUCGAGAGUUCACAUUACACGAGGGCUGGAACGGGCUGGACAAUGGAGUACUGCAUCUCCACGUCUUGGAUACGCUCAUUCCUGACGCUAUACAGGAGAGGAAGAAUUGUCAUAAUAUAUGGCUUAAUGCGACCUCGUAUGAGACCUAUAUGGCCGUUGUAUCUUGCGUCAGACAGGCACUUGGAGCCACACGUUUAUGGCCAGGGAGAUUGCGUUUCUAUAGAAAAGCGCAUGGAUGGGUCCGUGAUGGCUUUCUCACCGCAAGCAGGUGGCACGAUGGAGAUUUCAUGUUUCAUGGAUGGAAAGGUAAUAACUUAACGGCCGAAGGUUGGGAAACACCAUUCACUGAAACUCCAGACCUGAGGUCGUGUGGCAACGGAAAAAAUGGCUGGCAUUGGGAUGAGACGAAACAUGUGGAUGUUGAGGAAAUCAAGUCAGUUUGA